AUGGAGGUUGUUGGAAUGGAGGUUGUCGGCGAUGAACUGGUACCUGGAGUUGACGAGGUCACUGGUGGUGGAGUUAUAGGUGGGGGAGGUACCAUUAGACAUCUUGGCGAAUCACCAGAAUUGUCACAUGCCAGUGGAUAUGGACAUUGA